AUGCCUGUUAGUGAAAGAGAAGUUGAUUUAAAGACACCAAUUUAUCCAUCACCAAAAAAAUCCAUAGUUAAUACUAAUUUAUACCCUAAUGAACCAAAUGAAACGAACAACACUAACAAACAUUCCAAACCAUCCGCUUUAAGUUAUAGUCAAUUGCUUCACAAGCAGCCAAAUUAUUCCAACAUUUAUUUGAGACCUGAUUGUAAAUUUCAAGGUUUACAACAAAGUGGUAAGGCCAAAUACAGUAUUAAAGUAGAAUUUAAGACUGUGGAUUUAAGAAAUUCUCUUGUUGUAGGUUUCUUACAAAUCAACGGGUUAACAGAUCAAUAUCCUGUUAUCACCACAUGCUUCAAGGGAGAAAUCAUCAAUAAUCCUAUUUUGAAAACCAAUCCGGAAGAUCUUGUUAAGAGAUAUUCAUUCAUCACUGAAAAUAAACAUUGGGAAUCUAAUUUCAAGAACGACUUGGAUCAUUGGAAGAAGUUGACCAAUAACUAUAAUUUGACCGAUAAUGAAUUCUUGAAAAAGUUAUAUCAUAUGAACAAAACUGACAAAGUUAAUGUCAACGAGUUCGAUGAUGAUGAAAGUAUGAUUGAUGUUAAUGAUGGUUUGAUCUAUAUGAGAUGGAAAGAAGAAUUCUUAUUACCAGAUGCAAGAAUCAAACAGAUUAAAGGUGCGUCAUUUGAAGGGUUCUAUUAUAUUGUUUUAAAUGUGGGUAACCCCAACAAACCCCAAUUACCUAUUGGUUCAAUUAAUGGGUUGUAUUACCAUAAAUCAAGUGAGAAAUUUCAAAGUUUAAGUCUUAACGUUAUUGAAAAUAACGGAAAUACACCAAUUUUUGAAUUUAUGUGA